AUGGAGAACGUGACCAAGGAGAAGGUGGACGAUGUGCUGCACGCCAAGUGGAUCAUUCCCGUGGUGCCCGACAACACUGUGCUGGAGAACCACAGCCUAAUCAUCAAGAACGGCAAGAUCCACGACAUCCUGCCCACGGAGGAGGCGCGCCACCGGUACGAGGGCGAGCGACACCACGCCAUCGAGAACCACCACGUCCUCAUUCCGGGCCUCGUCAACAUGCACUGCCACGCCGCCAUGACCCUUCUCCGCGGGUUUGCCGAUGACGUGAGCCUUGAGGACUGGCUCUCCCAGUACAUCUGGCCCGCCGAAGGCCGCUGGAUCGGCGAGGAGUACAUCGAGGAUGGCACCAAGCUGGCUGUGGCAGAGAUGCUGCGCUGCGGUGUGACGUGCUACAACGACAUGUACUUCUUCCCGCACGUGAGCGCCCGCGUCACCUCCGAUUACGGUAUGCGGAGCGCCAUCGGCAUUCCGGUCAUUGCGUUCCCCUCCAACUGGGCCAACGACGCCGAUGACUACAUCGAGAAGGGUCUGCGUGAGCUGCACGACAAGUACAAGGACCACCCGCUGGUGACCGUGGUGAUGGCGCCCCACUCCACCUACACCAUGCACGACGCGGGUCUGCUCAAGGCCAAGAAGAUCGCCGAUGAGCUGGGCAUGCGGAUUCACAUUCAUCUGCACGAAACGGCGCGCGAGGUGUCGGACCACCAGCAGAACAACGAGGGCAUGCGGCCCAUCGAGCGCCUGCAGAAGCUCGGCCUCAUCGACGACAAGCUCAUCGCCGCCCACAUGUGCCACGUCACCGACGACGAGAUCAAGCUCUGGGCCGAAAAGGGCGCGCACGUUGUGCACUGCCCGGAGUCCAACCUGAAGCUGGCCAGCGGCAUCUGCCCGGUGCAGAAGUUCUCCAAGGCGGGCGUCAACGUCUCCCUCGGCACCGACGGCGCAGCCAGCAACGACGACCUCGACCUCCUCGGUGAGAUGAGGACCGCGGCGUUGGUCGACAAGCUGCAGGCCAAGGACGCCACCGCCAUGCCCGGCUGGCAGAUGCUCAAGCUGGCCACCAUCAACGGCGCCAAGGCCCUGGGCUUGGAGCACAAGAUCGGAUCGCUGGAGAAGGGCAAGGAGGCCGACGUGGUCGCCAUCAAGCUGAGGACCGAGCCCGUCUACAACCCCAUCACCAACCUCGUCUACGUCGGCACCAACAGUGUCACGGACGUGUGGGUGGCCGGCAAGCAGCUGGUGAAGGACGAGAAGAUGAUCGGCAUGAACGAGGACGUUCUCCUGCGCAAGGCCCAGCAAUGGGGCGAGAAGAUCAAGACCUCCAGGCCGCCCGCCAACCCCGCCCACGAGGUGUCGGCCUAA